GUGAGCAGACACGCAGCAGAGGAUGAGGAGGAGAAGAGCUGAAGACACGCUGGGCGGACAACUGCUUAUCUAAGACAACAUAAUGCUCAGUCUGCUGCGCCCCCUGCUGGCUGUCUGCCUGUACCUGCUGCUGCCCAGCGGACAGGGCCUGAUCCCCGGAUACAACAAUGGCUUUUACUACCAGGACAUCAGCAACGGAAACGGAAACGGAGAGAUCUAUUUCAACGGGAUUCGCCUCCACGUGGAGUCCCCGGAGCACUCAGUGUCGGCCGCCAGGGGGAGCAGCGUCACUCUCCCCUGUCACUACCACUACGAGCCUGAGCUGACCACACCACGCAGGACCCGGGUCAAGUGGUCCUGGUUGCCUGCCAACACCAUCAAUGCACCUGUUUCACCCGAAGCCUUGGCCAGGGAAACUGAGGUUAUGGUUGCCAUGGGCAACCGUCACCGCAGCUACGGCAGCUUCCGGGGCCGCGUGCGCCUGCGACGCUCGGCACCAGGGGACAUGUCUCUGGUGAUCAAUGAGCUGCAACUCAACGAUACAGGCAGAUACCGAUGUGAGGUGAUUGAUGGACUGGAGGAUGAGAGUGUGACGGUGGAGCUGGAGCUGCGGGGCGUGGUGUUCCCCUACUUCUCUCAUAAAGGACGCUACCAUUUCAACUUCUUUGGGGCCCAACAAGCAUGCCAGGAUCAGGAGGCCACUCUGGCUACUUUUGAGCAGCUCUUCACAGCGUGGGAGGAGGGGUUGGACUGGUGCAACGCUGGCUGGUUGGCUGAUGGCACAGUACAAUAUCCAAUCACAGACCCACGUGAAGGCUGCGGGGGCCUGGACUUAGCUCCUGGUCUGCGCAGCUAUGGACAACAACAUCGCCUCCUCAACCACUAUGAUGCUUUCUGCUUCUCCGCCUCUAUCAAGGGGACUGUGUACUUCUUAAAGCACAAGACCAAGCUCAACUUCACAGAAGCGGUCAAGGCUUGUGCCAGUGAUGGAACUCGAAUUGCCAAAGUGGGACAGAUGUACGCUGCCUGGAGGCUGAUGGGAUUGGACCGCUGUGAUGCCGGCUGGUUGGCUGAUGGGAGUGUCCGUUAUCCUAUCACAAAGGCCCGGGCUAACUGCGGCCCACCAGAACCAGGGGUGCGUAGUUUUGGCUUCCCCCCACAGUACCUGAAAUUUGGCGUCUACUGUUAUCGGUAGACGCUUCGGCUCAACACAAGACACAAAGCAUUCUGACAGCGCACUGGUUCAAAGCUCUGCUUGAGAGGUUAGCAUUAGCUGUAGCCUGGAAGCAAAUUAGCAGUUAGCCAGUUUGUUCAUUUCUGAGCUAUUUUGAGGCAAUUUGGGUUAACCGCUCUCCACCUCCUUAAGACUCUAACUGAUCAGUAUUGAACCUAACAUCCAGUCAGCAGCCAUUAAAGUAUGUACAUCCAUUAGGUGAUGCCACUUAAACAAAAUGUCUACACUGUAUGGCCAGAAGUAUGUGGACACGCAAACAUCACAUCUACGCCUCAUUCCGAAACCAUGGACAUUAAUAUGCUGCUAUAACAGCCUCUUCUGGAAAGGCUUGCUAGAAGAUUUCAGAAACCAUCGGCAGGCUCUCAUUCAGCAUGUUCGGAUGUUGGGUGAUAAGGCCUGGCUUACUUCAGCUUUGCAAGUUCAUCAGAAAGAUGUUGAGUGGGGUUGAGGUCAGAGCUUUGUGCAGGCCAGUCAAAUUCUUCCAUGACAAACUGUGAAUCUGUAGAUGUCAUGGCAUACAGUACUUUUCCCAAAAAGUUGGAAGCAAGGCAUUGUCAGAAACAGAUAGCUUUUGCUGCAGCAUUCAGGUCACCCUUAAAGGUUAAGUUUGCUAUUUUUGAACCUUGACCUUAUUUAUCCUUGUUUCUGUGUCUGAUUGACUAAUGGGAAUAACAAUUUAUCAAACUGGUCCAGUAUUGAGCGACAAGGUUACAGAUGGCAGCAGCGAAACAGGCUGCAGUGUAAUCACUCCUGGCAAUUGAGCAUAGUCAACUUGCAUUCACUAAAAGUGCUUGUUUUUGCCACUGACAGGCUCAUGAUCCCCAACAGAAAUAGACCUUUUUGUUAGAGAGUAAGAUCCUUUUUGUUCAGCCAAAAGAAAGAAACAGCACAAAAUCACCAUUGCCACACUCACCAGACUCACAAAAGCCUUUCUUGUUUAUCUUUCCGCUGUUCUUACAAUCACCGACUCUGGUUUGGUUGAAAUAAACCCUUAAUUCCAACCCGGUCUCACUCCGAAGUCGUCAAAAUUCGGUGCUUGGGCAAUGACGUGCAUUAGAUACUGACGAAAAAAGCCAUCCUUGAACGUCGGAAUAAUACACGGCCAGUCACCAUAAUAGCCAGGGGUAAACCCAAGGGGACAAGAACGAAAGUCAAGGUGGCGAAAGUCUAAGUAAGGAGGGUGGGAUUGCUGGUGGAUGGGUCCAACAAAUACUGACUUUCACCUGGGAGAGUGGUGUUUUUGUCCCAUAAGAUUAUAAAGCCAAACCCUGUUCUUUUUUUGCUAACCCCAACCACAUGUAGUAGUUGUUAGAGGAACAAAAGGUCAAUUCACAUUUUUGGACUGACGCAGUGCGUUUAUUUAGAAAGAGACUGUAUGUAAAGAGUAAAUUUCCUGUGAAAACAGAGGUGUAUUUUGAAAGAAGACAAUGCAUGUAACAGGCAAAACUU